ACGAAGAGCGCGGAGAGAGAGAGAGCUCCAGAGUGGGACCCCCUUAAGAAGAAAAAAUGCAAGAUCCGGCGAACCCGAAACCGGAUCCGAACCCGGCGCCCACUCCGGACUCUUCCCGCGCCCCUAUGACGACGUCGUUUCAGGACCCCUCCACCACCCCUAGCUUCCGCGGCUCCUACCACCGCCGCGCCCAGUCGGAGGUCCAUUUCCGGAUCCUCGACGACCUGGAUCUGCUCCAGGACCCCUUCGACGGCCCAUCCAACAGCUUCGAGGAGCUCGGCUCCGAAGACGACCUCUUCUGCACCUACAUGGACAUCGAGAAGCUCGGAUCCAAACUUGAGGAUGGAUCCUCCGGCGGCCAGAAAGUUGAGAAUGCCGGCGGCGGAGGUGCGGCGUCGCAGGCGGAGGCCGGCGAGGGGAGCAAUGCGAGGCCGAGGCACCGGCAUAGCAGCUCCAUGGACGGGUCGUUGGAAUCGAUUGAGGCUAAGAAGGCCAUGGCUCCUGAGAAGCUCGCUGAGCUUUGGGCCGUCGAUCCCAAGCGAGCCAAGAGGAUUUUGGCAAAUCGGCAGUCUGCUGCUAGGUCAAAAGAGAGGAAGGCCCGGUAUAUAUCAGAACUUGAAAGGAAAGUUCAGACACUUCAAACAGAAGCUACUACAUUAUCUGCUCAGCUCACUCUAUUCCAGAGAGAUACGACGGGAUUAUCUUCUGAGAACACAGAGCUUAAGAUUCGGUUGCAAGCUAUGGAACAACAAGCUCAGUUACGCGAUGCUCUGAAUGAUGCGCUGAAGAAAGAACUUGAGAGGCUCAAGAUUGCAACUGGAGAAGCAUUAACACACACUGAUUCGUACAACCUUGGGAUGCAUCAUUUUCCAUAUUCGCAAUCCUCCUUCUUUCCCGGUCAACCACAGUCUGGGCCACGCGAUUCUCAGAACAUUCAGCUACCACAGUAUCAUCAGUUCCAGUCUAAUAUGCAAGCUCCUCAUCAGCCUAUGCUUGGUGCAUCAGCCCAGUCACAUGCUUGCUCAGAUAUGUUGCAGCAGGAUUCAAUUGGCCGAUUCCAGGGGCUUGACAUCAAUAACAGAGGGGGUUCUCAUCUAGUGAAGCCUGAAGGCCCCUCUAUAUCUACUGGAGAAACCAAUAGAAGAUUCUGAUUGCCGGCCUAUCCAUGGUCACCUUAUUUGUUGAAUUGUUCAUAGACUGACCUCAGCCAAAGGUAUGGUUUAACCUUUCAUUGGACUUUGAUUCUUUGAAUUGAUUGCCCUUGCAAUUUUUGGUAGCUGAUUUAGGCCUCAAGUGAUUCGUAGAUUCUUCCUAGUCCAUUCCUUUGGGUUGCUCAUGUGGGAAUAGAGCAUUGUUCCUAUUUGCUUGUGAUUGAAAGAGAUACAUGCAGCUUUUCAUGUCUGGGAUUCCUUUUCCCAUAACUCUAAUGUAUUUUUUUCAUUUGUUGACCGUCGAAAUGUGAUGCUGUGGAUAAUGUGUUGUUCUGUGAAGUGUUGUUCUUGUUAGUUG